AAAACUUGAAAAAUAAUUUUCCAUGUCCUCGUUAUCGGCAUCAGAUUCGGUUUUGGUGAAAGAACUAUUUGUUUCAUCAAAAACACCUAUACAGGAACUUGAAAAAAUGUUGGCAGUUUUCGACUUUGAUCAUACAAUAGUUGAUGGCAAUUCUGAUGUAGUUGCUAUUGAUUUAAUAAAUCCUACCAAUCUUAUUCCAGACAGAAAAGAUUUUCCAAAUAAUUGGACUCAGUAUAUGCAACAAGUAUUUGAUGUAAUAAAAACUAUUGAAAUUUCAGCUGAAAAAAUAAUAGAUAUUGUAUCCUUAAUGAGACCCAAUGAUGGUAUACCUAAGUUAAUGAGAGCACUUUAUGAAAAUAAUUUUGAAAUCAUAGUGGCAUCCGAUUCAAAUUCAGUAUUUAUCUAUCACUGGUUGAAACAUAAUGAAUUGUCAGAUGUAGUUUCAAGUAUUUAUACAAAUCCAGCAACAGUUGUAAAUAAUGCCAUUAAAAUAGAAGCUUAUACUGUUCAAACUAAAUGCGACUUGUGUACUACAAACAUGUGCAAAGGAGCUAUUGUGGAGGAACAUGCAUUAAAUACAAAUAAAAUAUACAAUAAAAUAUUAUAUUUUGGUGAUGGUCGUAAUGACUUGUGUCCAAUUUUAAAAUUGACUGAACAUGAUAUUGCAUUUCCAAGAAAGGGUUACGUUUUGGAAAAUUUGCUGAAGUCUCGCAUAACACCAGCUAAAGUAAUACCAUGGUGUACAGGUGAAUAUAUUUAUGAGUUCUUAACAUCUUCCAAGCUAAUUUCAACUUGAUUAAUAUAUCAGACUGUUUUCUAAUAGUUAUUAGCUUAAUUAACUUUUAUAAAUGCUUAUUUUGAUAUAUGAAUUAUAUUUAUUGUA